AUGACCUCUUAUGUGCAUCACGAAGAACGAACUCUUCGAGGAUACCAAUCUCAUGGCCCCGACCUCUCCACCGCCCCCGGGUUCAAGACCAGACCUGUUGCAACAGUCACCCAGGACCUCGCCACUGUUGCAACAGUCACCCAGGACCCCGUUACUGUUGCAACAGUCACCCAGGACCUCGCCACUGUUGCAACAGUCACCCAGGACCCCGUUACUGUUGCAACAGUCACCCAGGACCUCGCCACUGUUGCAACAGUCACCCAGGACCCCGUUACUGUUGCAACAGUCACCCAGGACCUCGCCACUGUUGCAACAGUCACCCAGGACCCCGUUACUGUUGCAACAGUCACCCAGGACCUCGCCACUGUUGCAACAGUCACCCAGGACCCCGUUACUGUUGCAACAGUCACCCAGGACCUCGCCACUGUUGCAACAGUCACCCAGGACCCCGUUACUGUUGCAACAGUCACCCAAGACCUCGCCACUGUUGCAACAGUCACCCAGGACCCCGUUACUGUUGCAACAGUCACCCAGGACCCCAACACUAUUGCAACAGUCACCGAAACCGUGAUAAUCACCCAACAUCCCACCGCUGCCACCAAUACUGUGAUAACCACCCAACAUCCCACCGCUGCCACCAAUACCGUGAUAACCACCCAACAUCCCACCGCUGCCACCAAUACCACAAUAAUCACCCAACAUCCCACCGCUGCCACCAAUACCACAAUAAUCACCCAACAUCCCACCGCUGCCACCAAUACCGUGAUAACCACCCAACAUCCCACCGCUGCCACCAAUACCGUGAUAACCACCCAACAUCCCACGCUGCCACCAAUACCACAAUAA